GUCAACUUUAAGUCUCUGAAUUUUUGUAAUGACAGACUUUUUUCAUUAGAAAUUUCAAUAUAAACAUCACAAAUUUGUAUUUGAAGCUUUCAUAUUCAUGAUACUAUACUAUAAUUAUAUAUAUUUAAAUUUCUGAUGACGUAUCCCAUGAUUCGUGCUUAACAAAUUCAUGAAUGAUAAUUUAAAUACCUAUGUAAUCUGACAAUUGAUGUUUCAUGCCAUAUCAAACAAAAAAUUUGAAUAAAUGACAACUCAAACAACUGCCAUUUUUUAUCAAAACGACUGAAGAAUAAGUGAAUAAGCUGUUACUCAAGAAAACUGUAUAGUGACUGUCUUUAUACAGGAAACAAUUCCCAACUUUCGUCAGUAGUUUUUAAUUGUGAAGAACUAUUCCGAGAAGCUUCAAUACAAAAAGUCAUCCCCGUCUGGCAACUAUUCCCAAAAAUCCUUCUGCUUUCGCUUCUCGAUGGGAGUGACUGAGAGCCGCGCACUACAACAUCCCUUGUCCGAUCCUAGUAUUGCCAUCGUCCGGUGCUAGUGCUAGGCACCCUUUCCAUAUCUAGUUUUCUCCUGUCCCUUACCUUCGCCAUUCACCCUUUCGUCCUCACGGUGUUGUUGUGUGCAUGUGAGCGUAAGCGGUCGGUGUGCAACUCCUUCGCUGAUUUUCUUACCGGAACGUCUCGCGCCCACCGCCAUCCAGCCGGGGUCGCCAUCCGGAGCGGGUGGCCUCUCCUGUGUAUGUGCGCGUGCGACUGCGAUAGCACUACAUAGGCAGCAUCUCACCAGCAGCAGCAGUUAACUUGUUGUAAAAUUGCGAUGCAGUUAUUAAACAACUUUCGUCACAUGCAUGAAUUUCUUUUCACGCACCCGGACGCUCGCUGGCGUGGCUGAAGGCUUCAUUCUUACGCGCGGCACCGUCAUUUCUUCGCCGACUUUCGUGGAAGAAAAGUGCGUACGGCAUCAGUUCUGGUCCGCGCGAACCCUCUAAGGUCCCUUUUCCAUAGGACAGGGGACCAACCUCGUUAGUGCAGGAGUAAAAAAAAAAACCUCACUGCAAAAAAAAUCAAGUACAUCGCGACCUCCCCGUUUCCUUAAGUUUUCCGUUCACUUUUGGCUUUCCGUGAAGGAUUUCCGUAACCAAAACCGGGAAAAAUCCUUCACUUUUCGGCACCAGCUAGAGUCAGUUAGGAGAAAGAAAAAUCCAGUGCAAUACAGAGAAAAAGUGCUUUCAGAAAACCCGAAAAAAAUUAAAGUUGCUAAAAUUCAAAAUUUUCCCAUUCACUCGAAACGAAAACCGUGCGUCUCCACGCGAGAAAUCGACCGAGAAGAUUUAGUUUAUCGAAAGAGAAAGCGAGAAAGAGAGAGAAAAAAUCAAACAGUGCUUCUUCACUCGUUCGGUGUGAAUUGUGUGAUAAUUGAGCAAAAAGAGCAAAAUGUUUUCGAUUGAAUCAAUUUUAAAGUCUCAAAUCUCCCAGAGAGUCAGAAUGCAGAUCCAGCACGUACGGGACCUGUGCGCCGUCCCGGGGGCGGCCGCCGAGCUCAACUGCACCGGUGAUAUCCUGUCGGUGCAGAACCUGCUGCCCCAGUUGGCCCCACCCGAGAACAAACCGCACCAGUGCCAGCAGUGUCUGAAGAGUUUCUCCUCCAACCACCAGCUGGUGCAGCACAUCCGGGUUCACACCGGCGAGAAACCGUACAAAUGUUCCUACUGUGAUCGCAAGUUCAAGCAGCUGUCGCACGUCCAGCAGCACACCCGGCUGCACACCGGUGAGCGUCCGUACAAGUGCCACCUGCCGGACUGCGGUCGUGCGUUCAUCCAGCUGUCCAAUCUGCAGCAGCACCUGCGCAACCACGACGCCCAGGUCGAGCGUGCCAAGAGCCGGCCCUUUCAUUGCAAUCUGUGUGGCAAGGGUUUUGCCACCGAGUCCAGCCUGCGGACGCACACUUCUAAGGAACUUCAACUACAUCUCGGCGUUCUGCAGCAGCAUGCAGCUUUGAUCAGCAACUCGAACAGCGUGACGUGCAACGUUUGUAGCAAGAUCUUCCUCGGGGUGGAUGCGCUCAACGAACACAUCAAGUACUCCCACAAAGAAGUGGCUGUGAAGCGAAGAGUAGCGAACCAUCCGUGUCCGAUGUGUGGUAAGCACUACGUGAACGAGGGUUGCCUCCGGAAGCAUCUGCUGACGCAUCCGAGGACGGGCGGCGCGGCCGGGGCUCCGUUCCGCUCCAAUCUGCAGAUGUGGCCCUGCUCGGUUUGCCAGGCGGUGUUCACCCACGAGUCCGGUCUCAUCACCCACAUCGAGCACAUGAAGAUGGAUCCGAAGCACCAGUUUGCGGCCCAGUACAUGUUCACCAAGGCGGUCGUCGAGCAGCGGGAGAAGGAAUCGAACGCACUCGGUAUGGGCAGUAGCGGUUCGAAUCCGAUGAUUUCCGUGAAAGAGUUGACCCAGAAUAGCAUUUCGCCGUUAAAUUACUCGGAAAAUUCCUCGACCAUGGGAUCGGAAAAGAAUGGAGAAGGCGGCGGUGGUGGGGGCAGCAGUGCUGUCGGUGUUUUCGAUAACCAUCGGUUAACGAAUGCUGCCGCUGCGGCUGCUGUCGUUGCCGGAGGUCACGGUAAUCCGUUCGGGGUCGUACCGGGGGAUAACAACAAUAGCCAGUUUUCGCGUAUGAUGAUGCUGCAGGAGCCGAAGUUCGAUCCCGAUCUGAUGCUUCCGACGGAUGGAACUUCAUCGGCCGUGCAGGCGGCCGUCGUCAAUUUGGCCACCGCAAUGCGAAUUGGUCAAACCUUCAAGAAUAAUUCAAUUCACGCCGAUCAUUUAGGGCAGCCUGGGAACCUGGGUCCGCUGAAGAAGAAAAGUAAUUUUAUCAAUUUCAACGAAAUGAAAUAUCCGCUGGCGAAUCGACAAAAUUAUCCUUCCGUUGAUUCACCGCUUGGCGGUGGCGGUGGUGCUGGUAGUGGGGGCCUAGGUGGCGGGCAGAAUCCUUGCGGUCCAUCGUCGGAAACGGCUAUACGCAUUCAACAGGCCGAAGCGAUUCUGCGGUCCCAAGCGGAGGCAGCACUUCGGUUAGCUGUCUCCCAGGCGCAGGCCGUAGUUUCCUCGAAUGCUGGGGGUCACGUUGUUGGUGGCCACAUAGGACCCCUUGGAGGUCACCCCCUGAUGGGUAGGUGCAACGAUGAGAAUAGAUCUAAUGAAAAUUGUCCCCCCUUUGAUCCCCACGGGGAUCAACUGAGGGCGGUCAUGAGAGAACACCACGCUCACCAACAACAACAGCAACAGCAGCAGCAGCAACAGCAACAACAACAACAGAAUAACGAUGAGUGCCAUCAAUUCUCGCAAAGUCCGGUGCCGAGAAACGGGCUGGACCUUACCGACGAGUUCCUAAAAAGUGAAAACGUACUGAAAGGGUGAGAGUAGAUGUAAAUUUUGAUGCCAUAUUAUAUUUAAUUUAAAUCAAUACACAAAAAAAGAAACAAAAAUCUUGACGAAGAGAGGAUCGAAGCCCUACAAUUUGGUUCAGGGCGGUGGGAUUCAAAAAAUGGUAGCAAAGAAACGGGGUUAGCAACAGUAAAGCGAACGAUGAGAAGAAUGCAAAGAAAUUAACAAAGAGUAAUAUGAAGGUAAAGCAGAAGAAGCAAAACUUACACAUUGAUUAUUAUACGAUAAUCUGGGACUUGAAUGUGUGAAUCAAUAACUAAAUGAUAAAAUUAAUAAAAACUGAUGCAUUAUGCCAUAUUAUAGAA